CAUAAGCUUAAGAAUAUCUAUCUCAAGACUCUUGUAAUAAUGGUUCAUUUGAAAGAGAGUGUUGGUUUCUUCUUUAACAACAGAUGGCUUGUUUUUGUAGCUGCAAUGUGGAUUCAGACAUGUGCUGGCAUUGGAUAUUUAUUUGGCAGCAUUUCUCCAACGAUUAAGAAGUCUUUGAAUUAUAAUCAGAGGCAAAUUGCGAGGUUGGGUGUGGCUAAAGAUUUGGGUGAUAGUGUUGGAUUCUUGGCAGGAACUUUGUGUGAAAUCUUGCCUUUGUGGGCUGCACUUCUUGUGGGUGCUAUUCAAAACUUCGUUGGCUAUGGUUGGGUUUGGCUCAUUGUCACUUCUCGAGCUCCUUCUUUGCCAUUAUGGGCUAUGUGUAUUCUUAUAUUUAUUGGAACAAAUGGCGAGACCUACUUCAACACAGCAGCUCUGGUGUCAUGUGUGCAAAAUUUCCCUAAAAGUCGCGGCCCUGUGGUGGGGAUACUUAAGGGAUUUGCAGGUUUGGGUGGUGCAAUUUUGACACAGAUAUAUGCAGUGAUCCAUUCUCCAAAUCAUGCUUCACUUAUAUUUAUGAUAGCUGUUGGACCAGCAAUGGUAAUUAUCGCGCUCAUGUUUAUAAUCAGGCCUGUUGGAGGCCACAAACAAGUCAGGCCUUCGGAUGGUUUAAGUUUUUCGUUUAUUUACAGCAUAUGCCUCCUCUUGGCUUCUUAUUUGAUGGGAGUUAUGCUUGUUGAAGACCUCAUUGAUUUGAGCCACACUGUCAUUACAAUCUUCACGGCUAUAUUGUUUAUCCUCUUGGCAAUUCCUAUCGUGAUCCCUAUCUGCUCGAGUUUUUUUCAAGAUCCAAGAGAACCUGUAGAAGAGGGACUUCUAUCUGAGUCAAAGAAACAAGAAACUGGCAAAUCUGAGCAUGGUGAUGGUCAUGAAAUUAUAUUUAGUGAAGUGGAAGACGAGAAGCCUAAGGAAGUGGACGCGCUUCCAGCUUCAGAAAGGCAAAAAAGAAUCGCGCAACUACAAGCAAAACUAGCUCAAGCAGCUGCAAAAGGAGCAGUGAGGAUCAAAAGAAGAAGGGGACCUCAUAGGGGAGAGGACUUCACCUUAAUGCAGGCUUUAAUAAAGGCAGAUUUUUGGCUUAUGUUUUUCUCACUACUUUUUGGUUCGGGAUCUGGUUUGACUGUGAUCGAUAACUUGGGUCAGAUAAGCCAAUCUUUAGGAUAUGAUAACACACAUGUAUUUGUUUCCAUGAUCAGCAUAUGGAAUUUCCUCGGCCGGAUUGGAGGUGGAUACUUUUCUGAAAUUAUAGUCAGGGGUUAUGCCUAUCCGAGACAUGCAGCAAUGGCUGUUGCUCAAGCCAUAAUGGCCAUUGGACAUUUCUUCUUUGCUAUGGGUUGGCCUGGAGCUAUGCACAUUGGUACUCUUUUAGUUGGACUAGGUUAUGGGGCUCAUUGGGCGAUCGUGCCAGCUGCAGCUUCUGAAUUGUUUGGCUUGAGAAAUUUUGGGGCUUUAUACAAUUUCCUCACUCUUGCAAAUCCUGCUGGUUCAAUGGUAUUCUCUGGUGUUAUUGCUAGUAGUAUAUAUGAUAUGGAAGCUGCAAAGCAGGCCAAUGAGUAUCGUGGCACUGAAUCAAAUUUGGCAUCAGUUUUGUCUAGCUUUCUUUCUGUAGAUGAACCUCUGAAGUGUGAAGGUGCUAUAUGUUUCUUCCUUACUUCCAUGAUAAUGUCUGGACUCUGCAUUAUUGCAGUUGUCCUAAGCAUGAUUCUGGUACAUCGAACAAAGAUUGUAUAUGCUCAUCUGUAUGGAAAAUCUCGUGGAUAAUUCAUCCAUCACAUGAAACAGGGGUAGAAAUUUGAUUUUUCCAGAAGACACUAUCAAUGAGCUUAUGCUUCCGAGACCAUAGGGAGGUGACACUGCAAGCCAUCACUAUUAGCACAACUCCAGGCUGAGAUCAAGCAGUAAAGAACAGGGGGAGAUACCUUUGCUGUUUAGACCAAGGGUCUCAUUCUCUUAGCUUAUAGCCUACAACCUGAUCUUAAAGCAUAUUUUUGUGUUCCAGUCCCUUGUAUUGACCACCUUACUGUAUUUAAUCAUACUGGCUUGCUGAAAUAAUGAGUUCUAGAAAAACUCAAAGUCUCCUGUUAUCCACAUUAAGGGCAGCCCGGUGCACUAUGCACUAAGCUCCCGCUAUGCGCGAGGUUCGGGGAAGGGCCGGACCACAAGGGUCUA